CGGGCGGGUAUAUAGACUCCGGGAGCGGGGGGCGGCGGAGCCGGUGGACGGCUACAGCUGGGCGGCGAGCGGCGGGCGCAGGCAAUGGGCAAGGACUAUUACCAGACGCUGGGCCUGGCCCGCGGUGCGUCGGAUGAGGAGAUCAAGAGGGCCUACCGUCGCCAGGCGCUGCGUUACCACCCGGACAAGAACAAGGAGCCCGGCGCCGAGGAGAAGUUCAAGGAGAUCGCCGAGGCCUACGACGUGCUCAGCGACCCGCGCAAGCGCGAGAUCUUCGACCGCUAUGGGGAGGAAGGCCUAAAGGGCAGUGGCCCCAGUGGCGGGAGCAGCGGUGGUGCUAACGGUACCUCUUUCAGCUACACAUUCCAUGGAGACCCUCACGCCAUGUUUGCUGAGUUCUUCGGUGGCCGAAAUCCCUUUGACACCUUUUUUGGGCAGCGCAACGGGGAGGAAGGCAUGGACAUCGAUGACCCAUUCUCAGGCUUCCCCAUGGGCAUGGGUGGCUUCACCAACAUGAACUUUGGCCGUUCCCGCCCUGCCCAAGAGCCCACCCGAAGGAAGCAAGAUCCCCCUGUCACCCAUGACCUCAGGGUAUCACUUGAAGAGAUCUAUAGCGGCUGUACCAAGAAAAUGAAAAUCUCUCAUAAGCGGCUGAACCCUGAUGGAAAGAGCAUUCGCAACGAAGACAAAAUCUUGACCAUUGAAGUGAAGCGGGGGUGGAAAGAAGGGACCAAAAUCACCUUCCCCAAGGAAGGAGACCAGACCUCCAACAACAUUCCAGCCGACAUCGUCUUUGUUUUAAAGGACAAGCCACACAAUAUCUUUAAGAGAGAUGGCUCUGAUGUCAUUUACCCAGCCAGGAUCACCCUUCGGGAGGCUCUGUGUGGCUGUACAGUGAAUGUCCCAACUCUGGACGGCAGGACCAUACCUGUUGUAUUCAAAGAUGUCAUCAGGCCUGGCAUGCGGCGAAAAGUUCCUGGAGAAGGACUUCCUCUCCCCAAAAUGCCCGAGAAACGUGGAGACCUUAUUAUUGAGUUUGAAGUGAUCUUCCCCGAGAGGAUUCCCCAGACGUCAAGAACCGUUCUUGAGCAGGUUCUUCCGAUAUAGUCAACUGUGUUCCCCAAGGAUUGACCAGGGACCUUUCCAGAGCUCAAGGAUUUCCAGACUGUUCCACCAGCUGUGGACCCGCGAGAGGGCGGGAGGGCCCAGGGCGGGCUUUCGUACUGCUGAAUGUUUUCCAGAGAAUAUAUUACACAAUCUUUUAAAGUCG